AUGAUCAUCCCAGUUCGCUGCUUCACCUGCAGGAAGAUCGUCGGCAACAAAUGGGAAUCCUACCUGGGUCUGCUGCAGGCCGAGUACACUGAAGGGGAUGCCCAGGAUGCUCUGGGCCUGAAGCGCUACUGCUGUCGCCACAUGCUGCUAGCACACGUGGACCUGACUGAAAAGCUGCUAAACUAUGCUCCCCUGGAGAAGUGACUCCCGGAGCUUACUGUCCUCCUCUGCUGGCUAUGGGCAGUCUGUCACGCUGAGUUCAAACUGAGGUGUUAGGGAGGUGGGCGGGGUGCCUGGCU